AUGUCCAUGUAUCCGCAUCGCGCCAUGGGCGCGGUGCCCCCCAACAACUCGGCCCGACUCAAUGAGCUCCUCGACCAGAUCAGAACCGAGUUCGACACGCAGCUGCGCCAGACCGAGGGCUACGAACACCAGAUCCAGUCUCAAGUUCAGGAGAUGCAGCUGGUCAGAGAAAAAGUGUACGCGAUGGAGCAGGCGCAGAUGAAUCUGAAGCAAAAGUACGAGGAAGAGAUUGCUAUGCUCCGCCGCCAACUCGAGGGAGCUCGCGGGAACGCGCCUCCUAGCAUCGGCGGACCUCCCCCCCACGCCGGACCGUCGCAACAGCCCCCCUCCAUCACUCCCGGUACUGGACUCUUCAACGGCAUCAUGACGGGUGGUGGCCAGGCUCAGUUGGCCCCUCCCCCUCCUCCCCCUCCGCCCCAGGACCAGCAAAUGGGCCCGCAGCAUCAGAUGGCACAGGGUCCUCCGGGUCUACCCGGCCCGCCGCCGCCGCCGCCUCAGUCGCAGCAGCCCUUCCCGCAAUACCCCCAAGGUCCCGGUGGUCCCGUCUCCAACGGCCUUGGCUCUCAACCUCCUCAGACGACAGCGUCUCCCGGCCCCGGCAGGCGCGGAAUCGGACGACCCCCUGCGGCUGUUGGCCCGGCCACUCCCCAGAUCAACACUCCGAUUCCCUUUCCCGGCACCACUCAAUCGCCUCAAGUUAGCCACCCGACCCCUGAUCACGCGCGCAUGGGCGGCCCCCACGCUCCUCCUGUGGGAAACGCUCUUGGCGAUCUCGACCCUGAUCGCCUGCCUCCCCAUUCUAAGAAAUCGGGUCACGACUGGUUCGUUAUCUUCAACCAACAUGUUCCUCGGAUGCUUGACGUCGAUCUGGUUCACACUCUUGCGCACGAGAGCGUUGUCUGCUGUGUGCGCUUCAGCCAUGAUGGCAAGUACGUGGCCACUGGUUGCAACCGAUCCGCGCAGAUUUACGACGUCCAGUCCGGCGAGAAGCUGUGCGUUCUCCAGGAUGACACUGUCGACAUCACGGGCGAUCUUUACAUCCGCAGCGUCUGCUUCAGUCCCGACGGCAAGUAUCUUGCCACUGGUGCUGAGGACAAGUUGAUUAGAGUCUGGGAUAUCCAAUCUCGGCAGAUUCGCAACACUUUCUCCGGCCAUGAGCAAGAUAUCUACUCGCUCGACUUCGCCCGCGACGGUCGGACGAUUGCUUCCGGAAGUGGCGACCGGACCGUCCGUCUCUGGGAUAUCGAGCAGGGCACCAACACCCUUACCUUAACCAUUGAAGACGGUGUCACGACUGUCGCCAUCUCACCUGAUACCAAGUAUGUGGCUGCCGGCUCUCUUGACAAGAGCGUCCGUGUUUGGGACAUUCACCAGGGCUACCUCCUGGAGCGUCUGGAGGGGCCUGAUGGUCACAAGGAUAGUGUGUACAGUGUUGCCUUCUCUCCCAAUGGCAGAGACCUGGUCAGUGGUAGUCUGGACAAGACUAUCAAGAUGUGGGAGCUUAGCACGCCUCGGGGCCUGCCCAACCCCGGACCUAAGGGCGGACGCUGCGUCAAGACCUUCGAAGGCCACAGAGAUUUCGUUCUCUCCGUCGCUCUGACCCCCGAUGCCGCCUGGGUCAUGUCUGGUUCCAAGGACCGUGGUGUGCAAUUCUGGGACCCUCGUACUGGCGCCACGCAGUUGAUGCUCCAGGGACACAAGAACAGCGUAAUCUCCGUUGCGCCCAGCCCGACGGGAGGCUACUUUGCCACCGGCUCAGGUGACAUGCGGGCACGCAUCUGGUCUUACCGAAGUGUCCAGUAG